ACCAAACCUUGGACAUUAGAAAGAAAGUUCAGAAUGGGGCAACUUUGGACAAGACAACUAGUGAAAACACAAAGACAUGGUAGAGGUUCUUCUACGAGCAUCACCUCCUCCACCUCACUCUUCUUCUUAUCCCAGACAAUGCAGGACAGUUUCAGGAAGAACAUCGGUAAGGUGCUCGUUGGAAGUCCCAAGUAAGGUUCUGACCAAACAUGUCUUAUCUGGGCUUGCUGCUUCUUUGAUCUUUGUUUCUCCAGCAAAUCAGUCUGUUGCAGCAGAUCUAUCUCGUGCUCAAAAUAAUAUAUGUCAAAUUGCCAGUGCCAGAGAUGCUGCACUUACUUCACCAUUUGAGAAUGGAUCUGAUGAAAAGGGUGCAAAUCUAAUGAUGAUGAGAGGUAUGACAGCCAAGGAUUUUGACCCUGUAAGAUAUGCUGGAAGAUGGUUUGAAGUUGCUUCACUUAAACGUGGAUUUGCUGGACAAGGCCAAGAAGAUUGUCACUGCACUCAGGGUGUAUAUACAUUUGAUAGGGAAGUACCAUCUAUUCAAGUUGACACCUUUUGUGUUCACGGAAGCCCAAAUGGGUUUAUAACCGGAAUUAGGGGAAAGGUUCAAUGUGUUUCGGAAGAAGAUUUGGAUAAAAAUGAGACACAGCUAGAGAAGCAGGAGAUGAUCAAAGAAAAAUGCUAUCUCCGCUUUCCUACAUUGCCAUUCAUUCCUAAGGAACCUUAUGAUGUGAUUGAUACUGAUUAUGACAAUUUUUCUCUUGUUUCAGGAGCUAAGGAUAAAAGUUUUAUCCAGAUAUAUUCAAGGACACCUAACCCUGGACCUGAAUUUAUUGAGAAGUACAAGUCGUACCUUGCAAAGUUUGGAUAUGAUCCAAGCAAAAUUAAAGAUACACCACAGGAUUGUGAAGUCAUGUCCAAUAGUCAGCUGGCUGCUAUGAUGUCUAUGUCUGGAAUGCAGCAGGCACUUACAAACCAAUUUCCUGAUCUAGGACUGAACUCCCCUAUUGAGUUUAAUCCUUUCACUAGUGUAUUUGACACUUUGAAGAAGCUUGUUGAGCUUUACUUUAAGUAGUAACUAUGUUUUGUUUUAAGAUAUUUACUCCUGUAAACAAUAGCUAGCUGCUAUCAUUGAUAGCAACCUAUGUGUAACAUGUAAAGUAUGACCUACCUGUAUCUGCUGUAAUCCUCUGGUAUAUCGCGUUUUAUCUGUC